GAGAUCUUAGGGUAUCUCUAAACAACGCAGACAUAAUUUAGGAGAAAAAAAAUAUGAGCUAAAGAAUUCUAGGAGAGGAAAAACGCAGCAGUGAAGGGAAGCUGAAACCCGACUUUAAAGGAAAUAUAGAGACAAGGAGCUACAAAAUGCUUCAGGUAACGCACGGAGAGUACCCAACUCUGAUAAGUCAGAUUUUCAAGAGACAGGUACGAGAGAUCAUCAACCGGCGCACCAUUGAAGAUCUACACAUAUCAAGCUACUUGAUAAUGCCUCCUAAAUAUACGGCUAGCCAGAUGAAUGUUGAUAAUGCAGAGAUGCCCCAGUCAGAGGCACGCCCAUCAAGGGCUAGAGGCCAGCCCGCAAGAUAUGCAGAGGCACCCCAAGUGCCUGCUACUCCGCCUGCACCCACAUCAGAGAGACAGGUACCAGAGAUCAUCAACCGGCGCACCAUUGAAGAUCUACACACAUCCAGCUACUUGGUACAAAUAUUCAUUUUAGGGAUCCGCCAGCUUAGGAUUUCCACUCAGCUAUGUUGGAAGUGCUCCACUGUUUUGGAGCCUAGAUUUUGGUGCUGAUUGUCUAAUGUAUAUGUAUGUUUAUUCAGGGGUACGGUGGGGGCCUGUCCCGCCAUAUAUUGAUGUUACUAUUCUUAGAGGUCUAUAGUCAUGUGUAUGUGGGUUAAGUGUAAUUUGUCUCAAUUGUGCCUAUACGACAUGUUGUAAAUGUUUUUAUGUUGUGGCAGCCUUAUCAGCUCGUGUGCCUUUUAAUGAUAUGGUACGA